AUGGCCAAGUCUCUCCGCUCGAAAACCAAACGCCACUUCCGCGCCGUCAAGCGGGAAGACCCCAAAUCCGCCUUCAAGCUGGCCGAAGACAUCCGACUGGCGCGGUUGAACGCAAAGCUCAAGCAGAGCUCGUUGAAGCCUAGGCAGUUGACGGAUAAGGAGGAGUGGGAGAGGGAACAGGCGGGGUAUGAGACUGUUGAGGGAGAGGACGAGGCGGAGGAGGAGGAGAAGGAGGAGGAGAAGGAGGGAGUCAUGGACGUCGAACCCACCGCCUCAACCUCCGCCUCUGCCGCCGACUCGUCCGCCCCCAAACCCAAGAUCUCGACCUCGGGCCCACGCAUGUCCCGCCGCGAGGCAUACAGGUCGUCCAAGGGCUUCACGGUCAAGCAGACGCCUCGGACGCACUUUACCGCGCCUGGAGAGAAGAAGCGCAAGGGCUGCAAGCCUCACCGCAGGCGGUGA